GAUCUGAGCGCGUAGCGACGCUAGGUCUGUCGUAGCGUCUGACGCAACAGUCAUUUCCGAUUAACAAAACCGCAAUCUGGCGGCAGCGUCUGUGAAUCAUCCUGUAUAUACCCCGAGCAGAAGUUAUAGUGAUGUUGUAUACGCCGAGUGCGCUCUCGAUUCGCAUCACAUCAUUUUUCAGAGCCAGUUCACGUCAACCUUCCUGACUUCGCGCCAUUCAUUUUUUCCAAGCUUUCCCGCAGUUUACCAGCUAACUUGAUAUACUUGAUACGGUUUUAGCGCGCUGAAGAAGCUGCGACGCGAUUUUAUACGUUAGCGUGUGGUUUGUUUGGUUUCCAAACCGAAACAAGGGUAAACAGGCCGGGUUUACAAUAUAUGACGACUCACCGGCGGCGUCGACUUGCACAGAGUGCCGGCAUCGGCGGAGGCGGAGGCUCUUCCUCGACGACGGGGCCGAGCGGCGGCACCUCUUCCUCGUGGACAUCAUCUCCAGCGUGGUCCCCCAGCACCUGGACCGGUUGCAGUUCGGAGCACAGGCGCGCGUGCGCAGUAGCCGCCGCGGUGGCUCUAACACUCGCGCUCCUUGCCGAUGGGGCCGGCGGGGCCGCGCUGGCCCCCAGGAGGCACCAACAUCAGCACCAGCACCACGUUCACCACCAUCUCACCAAAAGGUCAUUUGCUGACCUCCGCUGUCGCGGUGUCUACGACAAGAGCAUCUUUGCACGGCUGGACCGCAUCUGCGAGGAUUGCUAUAAUCUGUUUCGGGAGCCCUCCAUACAUUCGUUAUGCAGGAAAAACUGUUUUACGUCAGAUUACUUCAAAGGGUGUGUAGACACUCUGCAAUUGUCAGACGAAACGGAUCAAAUUCAGGCCAUGAUAAAACAGUUACAUGGUGCAGAUCCUGGGGUCUAGGUACACUUUCAAAUUGAUGCACGAAAAAACUAUUCAGUCGUAACAUCUAACAUACUAACUUAUUUUUAGAACAAUACUUACAUAUAUCUAACUACAUAUUAUUAACAUUUGUAGUGCAUUUUCAUUCUUAAUAUACAUAGAACCGUGACGUAGAUUUUUGAGUACACGUACCUUAUGACGGUAUUUUUGUGUACAGUAUAAUUUUCCGUUUUAUGGCAUAAAUAACCACUAAAAGACGUGGCUUCAUGGACGUAUUAUGCCAGAGAGACAUUUUGAAAGUGUACAAAGUUUUUGCAUUAUACUGAAAAGCGUACGCAUAUUUUUGACACUUUUUGAAACAUAUAUUUUCCUAGGAUAAUGAUAAGGUGGAUGCGAGAAACACUAUUGAUCAAAAUACAACAGAUCAAAACAUUUUUACAAGUCAUGUAAAAAACAAACGUUCUUCCAUUUUCUUUGUAUCCAUAACACUUUAUUUAUGACGAUAUCUUAAAGUAGUGUAGGAUCAUGGAAUGACUGGUCUACAAUAUUUUUCUCGCACUCACUGAUAUCAUUUUGGAGAUAAUUUUGAUUUUUUCUGCGUCUACAGUACAAUAUUUCACAGAUUGUAUGAACACGCGAUUCAAACUGCGGUCUUUGUUAAAUUUGUGCAUGUUCUAUGCUUCUAUGUUGCAUCUUCAGUGUUUUUCAAAAAAAAAUCUUGUACUUAUUUUCCGAAUGAAUCAAGUUAGAAAACUGAAAUUCGGAGUAACGAGAUUAAUGCAUGAAUACUAAGUUUUAGCGUACAAGUGGCAGUUGAAAAUUCCAAGAUGGCGGCUAGGCGCCAUUUUGGAAUAUUUUCACCCAGUUUUGAGGCUCCUCAUAAGUACUACAUAGUAGUAUAGUAGUUAAAAAAGAAAGAAAAAGAUUGACAUAACAUAAAUUUUGAUGAUUAUUUGACAGCCGUCCGCCAUUUUGAAAGAUAGCGACUUGAAAUUCUAACGUUAAAAAUUACUUAUAAGGAGCUUCAAAAGAUUACCCCAGACAGCAUCUUGAAAUGUUCAGCUGUUCUUUUUACAUAGUCAAUUUCACCAUCCCGAGUUUCAGCUCCCGAACUUCACUUGUUCAAAAAAUAAGUAGGGGGCUUUCUGAAAACCACUGUAUAACCUCAUCCGGAAAGUACAAGAAUGGACUCUUGUAUUCCCUCUUUUUGAUUUUUGACCAGGUUACUUUUUGAAACGAUUUUUCCACACAGGAUUCGUACUAACAAUAUUUGUGGAUAUCUGCAUGCUGCUAUAAUUAUACGUUUUCUACUAAACUGGUUUUAUCACCUCUACAGGUACCACAGCAACCCUUUGCAUGCUGUAUAUCACGUAUUUUAUGAUAAUUCCUCUGAAGUAUAUUUUUGAAAUUGCGCGAAAAAGCGAAAAUGAAAAUAAACACACUUCAGCUAGAACAAUAAAUGGGAACUUAAAUAUGGAUUAAUUUAAAAAUAUACUUCAUAAAAAUAAACACGACUAACAUAUAAAUCAGACUUGAGAAAACAUUAUGUUCAUGUUGAUAGGGGAUAGCCAUAACAUAAUAUUUUCUUGAAUAUACUGGGUGUUUCAAAUUCAGCUGUCACCAUCAGGAUCUUGGAAACGAUAAAACAGGUACGAUGUCGGGUAAAUUCGAGCAUUUGUGUAACUAAGAAAACAUCACUGAGAAAGAUUCAAAAUCGGAAUGAUUUCGGAAAUAGACGAAAAAAACAAUAUCCCUAAUCAGGUCUAUACUUGUUCCUGACUUGGUUUGAGAUGCGGUAUCAAAAUAGUCUACAGAUUAACAUUGGCGCAUUUUAUCAUUUACAAAAUGACAUGCCUUCUCUUAUGAACGUCGUACUAGAGUUUUGCAUCUAGAGUUUUCAGUACUGACUCUAGUCAUGUAUAAUGCGACAU